CAAAACUCACCGUCAAAACCGCGGCUGAGCCUCAACAGGCCCGGGCAUCUCAGAUCGCAUCGCAUCAUGCACAUGCAGAUCUUGUAACCACAACCUGCGAUGCGCCAUGCGCUGUUGUUGACCAGACUCACCGCCGCCAAGACCACUCGCUCGCCCCGGCUUCUCCUCGUCACACAUGCAGCCUGGCGACCUCAGCAGCAUCUCAAAAUGAGCAGCACCACCGCGUCAGGCAGGACGUAUGAGGACGCAAUCGACGCCCUCAACACAUUCCAAACGCCCUUCGCGGUGAUCGAAGCCCGCCGCAAGGCCGGCAUCAGGCCCGAUGAGGCCAGCGUCCGCGAGAUGAAGGCCUACUGGGCGCGGCUGGGCCACAGCCCCGACGACCUGGACCGGCUCAACGUCGUGCACGUCGCCGGCACCAAGGGCAAGGGCAGCGUGUGCGCCUUUGUCGCCUCCAUCCUGGGCCGGUACCGCCGCCGGCGCAGUGGCAGCGACAUCGACACAGGGACGGGGACGGGGCAGGGGGAGAAGCUCAGGGUCGGCCUGCUCACCUCCCCUCACCUCGUCGCCGUGCGCGAGCGCAUCCGCGUCGGCCCCUCGCCGCUGUCCGAGGCCGCCUUCGCGAGGUACUUCUUCGAGGUGAGCGACGCCCUGACGGGCGGCCCGGCACUGCACCCGCACGACGCGGAGCCCGGGUCCCGCCCCAUCUACGCGCGCUUCCUGACCCUCAUGGCGCUGCACGUCUUCCUGCGCGAGGGCGUCGACGCCGCCGUGCUCGAGACGGGCGUCGGCGGCGAGUACGACGCCACCAACAUCGUCCCGCACCCGCUGGCCACGGGCAUCUCGACGCUGGGCAUCGACCACGUCUUCGUCCUCGGCGACACGGUCGACAAGAUCGCGUGGCACAAGGCGGGGAUCAUCAGGCCCGGGGCCGCGACGGCCAACUUCGCCGUCGAGCAGCCCGCCUUCCCGUCCGCCGAGGCCGUCCUGCGCCGCCGCGCCGCGGACAAGGGCGCCGACCUGCGCAUCCUGGGCGUCGACCCGCGGCUGGCGGCCUGCGGGGUGCGGGUGCGCCCGGACGCGGCGUUCCAGCGGCGCAACGCGAGCCUCGCCAUCGCGCUGGCCGAGGCGGCGCUGCGCAAGGUCGUCGGCCCGGAGGGGGGGUUCACGAGGGACGAGGGCAGCCUGCCGGCCGAGUUCAGGGAGGGCAUCGAGCAGGUCGUGUGGCGGGGCCGGUGCGAGGUCAAGGAGGAGGAGGGCGGGCGGCUGAGGUGGCACAUCGACGGGGCGCACACGACCGACAGCCUGAGGAUGGCGGCGAGUUGGUUCGCCGGCGCCAACGAGGGCCGGCCGGGGCCGAGGGUCCUCAUCUUCAACCAGCAGGGCAGGACGGAGGCUGUCGACUUCCUGGACGGGCUGCAUUCCGGCGCCAGGAGGGAGGACGGCUCGUCGUUUGACCACGUGGUGUUUUGCACGAAUGUCACGCAUGCUGCGACUGGCUACAAGAGAGAUUUCGUGAACCACCAGUAUGACCCCGAGGCCAUCCAGAAGCUCACCGUGCAGCGGACAUUCGCCGACAAGUGGGCGACUCUCGACCCCAAGGCAAAAAUCACCGUCAUCCCGAGCAUUGAGGAGGCACUCAACGUCGCACGGGAUCUCACAGGUUCACUCAACGAGGGCGAGGCGGUGCAAGCUUUCAUAACGGGCAGCCUCCAUCUCGUGGGAGGCGCCCUGGGUAUCUUGGAAGGGGCUGAUGCUCUAUGAACAAGGAAGCCCGCAGGCCCCAGGUUUCUCUUUGUUUUCCCUUACUCCUCUGAACAUCCUCGGCGGGAAAAAUAGACGGCAAGAAUUAGAUGUGGUAGAGGAACACUGUGCUCAACGCACCCGGUACAUUAGCCAAAUCUUAAGGUUCACCACCUGGUUCCAACAGCUUCAGCGCCGGCCCCACCAGAUUGAAGCUUCCCGUGACCAGCACCUGUACUUUGAAAUUGUCCUUGCUCUUCUUGGCCCCGAGCAUGACCGUCCUUGCCAUAUCGAGCGCUGUCGAUAUGCUGUCCGCGGGGAGUGCUGCGGUAAAAGGGCAGAACUGCCGUAUGACAUCGCAGUUCUUCCUCUGCACGGUAAACUCCGGCUUCUUCAUGAAGCUGUUGGCCUCGUUUGUCGGGCAGAAGGCGUGGUGGAAGAUCUUGUGGUUGGGUAUUUCUGUUUCCUUCAGUAUAGUCUCAAGGAGCGUCUGCAGUAGCGCGGCAGAGUCACGGUCUUGUUGGUUGAAGAUGAGUAUCCGGAUGGAGUCCUCCCCGGAGAUCUUGUCAGCGUACCACUUGCCCACCUGGACAAGGCUGUCUUCCGUAUGUGCGCCGUCGAGAAACCACUGUAUGCGGUCAUCUGUGAUUGUUUCGCAGCGGCCUCGAAGUGUUGCGGUCUGCAAGCCAGUAAUAAAUUGCUCGGGCAUGUCGCCGAACUUGCUGGGGAGCGCUGAGCCCCCGCUCUCGAAGAAAGGGAGCUCAAACUUGUGGCCCAGUGCCUGCAGAUGCCUCCUCGAGAUGACAGCGGCGAGGGCCAUGUUGCCUUUUUGAAAUGCUCCUUCCAGGCGGGCGCCUUGCACACCUGCCCAUUGCUCCAGCACUUGGUUGUCGAUCAAGUCCAGAGUGGCCCCCUUCUCAUGCGCCCGCUCGCUCAGGACCUUUGAGACGCCGUCUCCGUCAAGCCUCCCGGCCUGAUAAGAGUACGCCGGCACCCCCUUCUUGAAAAUGCCCGCCUUGUGCCAUGCGAUCUUCUCGACCGUAUCACCCAGCAUGAAGACGUGGUCGAUGCCCAGCUGCGUCACGGCCGAGGCGGUGACGGCCUCCGGGGGCAGCACGUUGGUGGAGUCAUACGCGCCCCCGAUCCCGCACUCGAUGACGGCAGACUUGAUGCCCUCCCUCAGGAAGGCAUGGAAGGCGAGCAGCGUCAGGAAGCGGAAGUAGAACGGCUUCGUCGACGGCCCGUCCGCGCCGAGCUCCUCACCCCCGGGCAGCUCGUCGCCGGCCUUCCUCGCGGCGUCCGAGAGGCGGUUCCACAGCUCGAAGAAGUAGGUGGUGAACUUGUCCUGGGAGAUGGCCUCCCCGUCGAGGCAGAUGCGCUCCCUCACGGUGACGAGGUGCGGCGAGGUGUAGGUCCCCACGCGGCCCGCGACGUCGGGGUACUGGCGUAGGACGGACGUGGUGAAGGCGCACGUGGACCCCUUGCCCUUGGUGCCCGCGACGUGGAUGCAGCGCAGGCGGGCCAGGUCGGAGGGGGCGUAGCCGGCCCGGUCCAGCCAGGCCGUCAUCUCGGGGAUGGCGGCGGCAUUGAUGUCCCCCUGCGAGCCUGGGGCUGCGGUGAAGAGGUUGAUGAUGUUCUUGUUGGACUGCAGCAGGGACAGGAGGUGGAGGGCGUUGUCAUAGGUCGGGACAAGCCUGUCUGAGGCCGACAUGGUGGCGAGGGGCCUGUGUCUUGUGGAGACGGCUCUGCUGGCGGUGAUGAUGGGGCUUGGACAGCGUGCUGAUCUCGACGAGGCGGGCAGGAGGAGAGGAGAUAUCUUGAGGAAGAUGCUUGAGCUGACGGCAGCUCGACACAUCUGCCCUGGGCCCUGACGAUGCGGUUAUAACAGGGUGGUUGUGGUGAUUAUUUCUGGGUGAGAGUCCAUAAAGAGCCCCAGGUAGUCUAGCAAUUCCUUCGAUGGCACCUGUCGGCUGGACAGGGGAGCUCUAGAUUUGAUGCUGACCAGAGAUCAAAUCAGAUCAAGCCAGGCUAGAUCCGUGUAUGCCUGCUGCAAGGUCAAUCCCUCAAGUUGUGACCUUUUGGAGGGGCGGUCCUUCUGUAGCAUCCAGCUGCGAGCCCCACCCUCCCGCCUUCUAGCGCUGGCCCUGAGUGGGCGUAUCAUGGACUGCACUCCCGAACUCCCUGUACGGUACUUCUGUCCGCCCGCCAAGACGUAAU